AUGCCCUCUAUACACCCCGCCAUCGAUCGGGUGAAAGGUCCAUGGAGUCCGGAGGAGGACCUCUUACUUCGAAUGCUUGUCCAGAAUCAAGGCGCUCGGAACUGGUCCCUUAUCAGUCAAUCCAUUCACGGCCGCUCUGGAAAAUCCUGCCGUUUGCGGUGGUUUAAUCAGCUAUGUCCUGGGGUGGAGCGUCGUGCUUUCACGCCAGAGGAGGACAAAAUCAUAGUAGAAGCACACCGGAAAUACGGAAACAAAUGGGCGACCAUCGCUAGGCUUUUGAAUGGACGAACAGACAAUGCGAUUAAGAAUCACUGGAAUUCGACAUUGAAACGGAAGUUUAGUUCGAAUGGGGAGAAGAAAACUGAUUGUGGGAGUCAAGGUUCGACGAUUUCUGGUUGGAAUCAGUGUUUGAGUCGGUGUGGAUCCGAGUCGAGCGAUUCGGAUCGGAGUGAGGAGAUGAAACCGUCGACUAGGUUAACUCUGUGUCUUCCAGGAAGCGAUGAGUUAGGGCCGGUGCAGCCGCAGAAGAGUAUUUCAUGUUUGCCGGUGGAGAGAAACGAGAGAGUGAAACUGCCGUGUUUGGGUGAGGAAUUUAUGUGUGUGAUGCAGAAGAUGAUUAAAGAAGAGGUGAGGAAUUACAUGGCGGAAUAUGAAGAAUUAAUUAGAAAAAUAGGGUAA